GAACGCACCACCGAUUUACAGGAAGUCAGUGUAAUGUUUUUCAAAUGCUGCAGCCUUUAGCGACAAAAGCUAACUGUUUUACUCCUGUCUUCUUCUUUACUGCUUUGACCUGUCGGAAUGAACAUGUCUCCAACUUAAAUUCUCUUAAAAUAUGUUUCAAGUCCCGUCGUUGUGUCUGCAAAAAAUAAGGAUCAAAGCUUAGCUAAAAGGAAAGCAAGUGUUGUAGUAUGCUGGACGUGGGCAAGUGGCCAGUCUUUGCACUCCUUCCACCAGAGGAACUGCAGCUUAUCCGUCAAGCUUGUGUCUUUGGCAGCGCAGCAAACGAAGCCAUCUAUGUAACUGUCAAUGACGAGGUGUUUGCGCUGGGCACCAACUGUAGUGGCUGUUUAGGACUCGGAGACCUUCAAAGCACCAUUGAGCCGCGAAGGAUUGAUGUUUUAUGCGCAAAGAAGAUUGUGUCUCUGAGUUACGGAACAGGGCCACAUGUGGUUAUUGCCACAGCAGAUGGCGAAGUGUUUGCUUGGGGACAUAAUGGUUACAGCCAACUGGGCAAUGGGACCACCAACCACGGCCUGACGCCUGCCCUCGUGUCCACCAACCUGCUCAGCAAGAGGGUCACAGAGGUGGCCUGUGGGUCCCACCACACCAUCGCUCUCACUACAGAUGGAGAGGUCUUCGCUUGGGGAUACAACAACUCGGGUCAGGUGGGUUCAGGCUCCACGGCCAACCAGCCCACCCCUCGCAGAGUGAGCAGCUGUCUGCAGAACAAGGUGGUGGUGAACAUCGCCUGUGGACAGCUCUGCUCCAUGGCCGUGCUGGACAAUGGGGAGAUUUAUGGCUGGGGCUACAACUGCAAUGGACAGCUCGGUUUGGGAAACAAUGGCAACCAGCAGACCCCCUGUCGGAUCGCAGCUCUUCAGGGUGUCAGCAUUGUCCAGGUGGCUUGCGGAUAUGCACACACACUGGCCCUUACAGACGAGGGGCUAGUCUACGCCUGGGGAGCCAACUCCUAUGGACAGCUAGGGACAGGCAACAAGAGCAACCAAGCUCUACCCACUCUCAUAAACACGGACAAGGAGAGGAUGGUGGAAGUAGCGGCGUGCCACACCAGCCACACGUCUGCAGCUAAGACCCAGAGUGGACAGGUGCUGAUGUGGGGUCAGUGCCGCGGUCAGGCUGUGGCCAGUCCUCACCUCACCCACUUCAGCUCCACAGACGACGUGUUCGCCUGUUUCGCUACACCGGCCGUCACCUGGCAUCUCCUUUCUGUCGAUGGCGAUGACUACCUGACCGUUGCCCAGUCUCUGAAGAAGGAGUUUGACAGUCCAGAGAUCUCAGACCUCAAGUUUCUAGUGGAUGGGAAAUGUAUCCAUGUCCACAAGGCUCUGUUGAAAAUCAGGUGUGAACAUUUCCGUGCACUUUUGAAUGAAAUGGAUGAAGACACCAUCGAAGUCAACCAGUUCUCCUACCUGGUGUACCGAGCCUUCCUGGAGUACCUCUAUACAGACACCAUCAACCUGCCACCAGAGGAUGCUAUUGGGUUAUUAGAUUUGGCAACGUUCUACAGGGAGACGAGGCUGAAGAGGCUGUGCCAGGAGACCAUCAAGAGGGGCAUUUCAGAGGAGAAUGCCAUCACUCUGCUGUCUGCCGCGGUCAAGUAUGAAGCCAAGGACCUGGAGGAGUUCUGCUUCAAGUUUUGCGUCAACCACCUUACAGCUGUCACUCAGACGCAAGCCUUCGCGGACAUGGACCACGACCUGCUCAAGAACUUCAUCAGCAAAGCCAGCCGUUACGGGGCCUUCAAGAACUGACCCACGGAGCACCCUGCCCCGACACUGUGAGGCUUCCACUUCCAGGGCGCACCACUCAACCCUACACCAAAGUAAACAGCGGCCCCAUGGAUACUUCAAAGCCCUCAUGUUGGGGAGGUAAACACGAGAGUCAGAGGGGGGGGGGGGGGGGGGGGGGUUAUCCUCUCUGCCCUGUGCCCUGGGUCCUGGCCCUGAAAGGAGCCCAAACACUCCUGAUGCUUUGGCUCUAAACACUGGCUUUUAUCACCAGAGGAGUCACAAGUGAGUGUUGAAAAGUGAAAGGCGCUGUACAUGAUUUUUACCAUCUUAAAAAUGUGGAAAACAGAUCUAGUUAAUUUUAACAGUCUGCAGAGGUUUAAAGUCAUUCCUCACUUCUGAGCAUCCUAAUUAUUCACCAUGAUUAGUUUUCACACUUUUCACAACUCUCAGAGGACAGAGCGGUGUUUUCCGUCACAGUAAUGCUAACAACAACUAGCAUGCUAACCACAUACUUCCUCAGACAAUAAAACACUUUAUAAUAAGAUGCAGACAAUACACAGCUGAUUUAUUGUGAGAGCUGCCUAUACUGGGGGAAAGACGAAGUUUGCUUAAAUACUUGGAAAAAAUUGGGUACAAGAGGGAGUAGGAGAAACCCAAAGACUUAAAUAUUCUGUGCACGUAACGUCAUAGUAAUACAACAAAAAGUACUGUAAAAUUUCCCAUAAUCUUUAAAAAUGUACAUCAGUAUUAGUAUGUGAAAAUAUAAAGUGCUGAUUAAGCUGAAUUAAUAAAAAAUAAUUGGCAUCAAAACACUGCCUAUACAUCAUAUAUAGCUCUAUUACCUGAAUGUUGAAAAUGGUCAGUCCUUUUGAAUCGCUCGUACGCAAAGAAUUGGACUUAAUCAAUAUUAGUGGGAAUUUGACUUGUAGCAAUAAUUAAGGAUAAAAUAUCAUAGAAAUUAUAUGCAAUAAUAUGUUUGUGCUAAUGUAUUUGCAUAUUAUUUUCAAGUUUAUAUUAUAGACAGAUCUAAUGAUGCACGGGCUCCCUCUUUAUCAAACUAAUACCUUAAAAACAUAUACAUUUGAUGAAACAAUAACUACAUACAGUUGGGAAGAUAAGAUAGCUAAACAUCAAGACUAACUGAUAUAAAUGGUGGCAGAUAAGGCCGUGAACUGAACCCUCAUGUGCUGCUUUCUCAUACAGCUUUUUAGCCUCUCCAGUAAUCUCCACUGAAACAAAACUGUGAGUAGAUGCACUUAGACUUUGAGCAUUUAUAUCUUUUUAAAAAAUAUAUAAUUCAUAUUUUAUUUUUGCUACUCUCGUAUGCUUAUUAUAGUUGUUAUAUUUUGCCAUUAACAAUUACAAUGCAAUAAGUUAAAAUGGUGUACGUUUGGGCCACAAUUUAUUUAAUUUUGUUUCAGAAAAAGUUAAAAAAUGUAACUAUUUUUCAGUUUUAAUUUUUGAUUUUUCUAAUUCCAGAAUAAUUAUCUGUCGGUGAAGAACAAAAGCUAAUGUGGAUAGAUCAUUUUGAAAGAAAAAAACAAUAUAUAAACACCAGUUAGAAUUACCUCAAAAUUACUCAAAACUAAAUUCAAGCAAAAAAUUCUAAAUUAGAACAAAUUCAAAAAUACUGAAAUCACAAUAAAUGUUAAAAAUUGAAAUCGUUUCACUUCUGUUUAAGUCAAGUCAAGCAUUAUUUCUAUAGCACAUAAAGAUAACCCUAGUUAACUAAAGUGCUGAACAGGCCAUAAAAGUACACUCACUAUGUUUCUAUAUGCGGUGUAAAGUAUUUGGUUUCUGUUUCUGGGUAGCACUGUGCAAUGGCAGAAUGGUACAAAGAAGUGUAGCUGGUCUGAGAGAUAAGGACAUCCUACUGUGUGUUUACCCUGCUCAGAUUAUCUCCGUCAGUGCUGUUCUCACACUUCAGCUAGGGUUAGUGAUUCCAACAGUGUUUCCUUAUGUUAUGGCAAUUUUCAUGUUAUCCUACUGUUUACAUGUUUUAUAUCAAUGUCUUUUUGUUGAUCAUUUUAUGUGUCCAUGUAAUCCUCUAAGCACUGAGUGAUAAUGAAACUAUGUAGGCCUUUGUGACUGCUAAUAAUUUGGUUAAUUAGUAGGGCUGCACGAUAUUAAAACAUUUUGCAAUAUGGCUGUGAAGAACUUGAACAGAAACAAAACCAGGACUAAAUCAAAGCUAAUUUUGGAAUUAAUUAGGAAAAUCAUUAAUAAAAUCAGUCUUAUUAAAACAUAUUAUUUUUUAAAAACAGUAAAUUUUUAUCACAUGGAGAACCUUGGUGUUAUUCAGAUAUAUCAAUUUACACGUCAAUAUCGUAGUAUCGAUUUUUACAUCAGCCAGUAUUGUGAUAUUGAUACUUUUGCUAUAUAUUGUGCAGCCCUAAUAACUAGCCUUUGUUGAUUGUCCCUGCCACAAAGCUCCUGGGAUAGGCCACUCAUUGUCAUAAAUAGAUUAGAGUAGGUGUAUGUUCAAAAUGUUUUUGUUUUUUUUUUGUUAAAGUUACCUUUAACCAAUUCUUGAAAAAAAUUGGAUGUUAUUAUGCUUUUAUUUAAAAAGCCAAUUAAUGCAUUUUUCUUUUUUUUCUAAAAUACAUAUCUGUUGACUUUUGUAUUGUACUUGCUUUGCCCUUAUUCUGCAAGGGUCUAAAUGAUUAAAAGAGAGAAUUAAAAAACGAGAGCCG